AUGUCCCAAGCACGCUCACGACGCCCUGACUUUUCCUCUUUCUCGAACCUUGAGUGCUUGUUACUCGCACAGGCAGCCUACGAGCUCGGCGCUGGGCCAGAGAGUUGGCCGUCGAUAUCCAAAAUUCUGUCGAAACACCCACUCUUGGCACGCCCGAAGUCAUUCUUUACUCCAACUCUUUGCAGUGCCCUCUACGACUACCUGGUCACCGAGGCUGGCAUCGAGCGCACCGACAAGAACAAUGUAGUUAAAGGUGACCUCGGUCUCUACAGGCAAACGGAUUCCCCAGCUAAACAUAAGAAAGCUAAAGCAAACCUGGAACUCGCGAACAAGUACUUCAAACUGCGAUAUGAAGAACUGUUCCAGUUAAUCCGGGAGGAAGAACUCAAGUUCAAGACCGUAGUCACAGAGCUGGAAGAUAUUCGGGCAGGAAAGUGGGAUGACCGUAUCAAAGCCCAAUUGACGGGCAUGUCUGAACCUCCUCCACCACAAGGAGAAGACUCGCAACGCAAGGAAGAGACCCUUGCCCAAGAGGCUUCUGUCGCAUCCUCGUCUAAACCAGCGCCACCCACAGAAGCCACAGAAGCGGUAGACGAAGAUGCCACCGAACCCGACGCUGACCUCGCCCAGCGUGUUCUACCAUCAACAUCGCCCUCACUGAUGGCGGAGAAGCAGGAGGAAGAAGAAGAAGAGGAAGCUGAGCCUGACAGGGAAGAGGACGAGGAAGGAGACAAGCUGGACGAAACCCCUGACAAGGGCGACCACAUCGUACAAGAAUCUGAAGAGAAAGAGAACGAGGUUGAGAUGGAGGAAACAGAGGGUCUCCUGGAUGCGAGCUCUGAGAAGGAUGACAACGUAGAGGCGGAGGCCCAGGCAGAAGCGGAGACAGAGGCAGAGCAGCCGAAGGAAGCAGAGAUCGAGGACGAUGAAUCGUCCGGUGAAGAACCGCCCCAAACUGUGCGACGUUCAACAAGGAGGAAAGGUUCGAUCUCUGCUGCACCACCAGUCUCAGCCCGGACGCGAACCCGGCGACGUCAAGUCCAAGACCACGAAGCGUCGCCUCCUCCGGAAAGUGAAGCCGCAAAUGAGACCGAAGGUGCUGCGGCAGAUACACCUCGAACUGAAGACAAUAUUCCUUCUUCGCCAUUCGAGCCUGCCAGUAGCCGGACGCGAGAGGGAAAACGUAAGGCAUCCUUUGUAGAAGCAAUGGAAAACGCUGGCAGGGAGUCCAAGCGCCUUCGCGAAGAUUCCGAGUACGCGGACGAUGAUGAGAACCCAGAAUCACCAGCACCAAGCUCACACGCAACCAGGUCCCGUGGGUCACGUUCGGGGGCUCGUUCAGAAGAACAAGUCGCGUUGAAGCGCUUCCAAAAUGUCAUUGGAUUGGUGCACUCCCAGAUCUCGCAACACCGGAACGGGACGAUCUUUCACAACCCAAUCAAGCACUCUGAAGCCCCGGAUUACCAUGACAUCGUCAAAAAGCCUAUGGAUCUCAAGACUAUCAAGGCGAGGGUGAAAGAUGGAUUGGUUUCAAACUCUCUGGAGUUUCAACGGGAUAUCUACCUGAUGUUCGCAAAUGCGAUGAUGUACAAUCGGCCGGGGUCCGACGUUCACACUAUGGCAGAAGAUAUGAUGUUUGACGCCGAGAAGCAAAUCCAAUCGUUCAGGCAAACAGAAGGCUUGGUGCGCGGUGUUCAUCGGUAG